AGCUGUUGGUGGGUAAACCCGUCAAAAGGUACUACGUCUUGUUGGUCUACGCGCUUAGGUAAGCACCUUCAAAUUUGACCCUGUGAGUUCCGUCGCUCUCUCAUCCAUACAUCUCCUCCAGGUUAGUACUGUUCUCCUUGCCUUCUGGAUCUGUUCAUGUGGGGAUCGAGUAGAGACUAGAGACCUACUCACUCCUUUGCCCUGAAACAAAGCAAAGCAGUGAUGUCGGCAGCAUCGUCGCUGCGUGUGCUGCUCCUUGCAGUCCUAAACCUGAUCGUGAUCCCUCGCGUGGUGGCUCCGGCCGUGCUUCCGGUGGCGUUGCGGUGCUACAAUUCCAUGGGCGACGCCGGCAGCUACAGCUACGGAUCUGUAGGCUCCGCCGGCGGCCCCGGCAGCUACAGCUACGGAUCUGUAGGCUUCAGCACGGUCGCCUUCACCAACAGCGGCCGCUACGCCAACACCUACUACGCCAACUACGGUUCUAGCGCAACUAUGGUGGUGAUCGGGUCAAUCCCUGCCGUACUAUGUGUGGUGGCUUUGUUAGUAGGUUUAUUGCAUUGGUUACAGCUCCAGAUAUACAAACAAGUGUAUGCCAAGAUAUCAAUGACUUAUCCAGAAUUGGUGCAUAAAGCAAGUGAAUUUGCGGAUGAAAAACGGAUUGGAGGAAGUGUCAUUAGUGGUGUUCAUAAAGCCGUGGAAGCUAGUAGCUUGUUGAGAAACAAAGCAGCAAUUAUGGCUACGACAUCCUUGCUGCUCCUUGCGAGCAACGCGGAUAGUCGACUCACCUCAAAACCAGGGUGCCAGGAGAGCUGUGGCGGCGUCGACAUCCCUUACCCGUUCGGCAUAGGCCACGGAUGCUUCCGCCCGGGCUUUGAGAUCACCUGCGUCAACAGCAUGCCCAUUCUAGCCAACACCAGCGAUGCUAUACAGGUCCUGAGCCUGUCGGUUACCCCUCGCCCGGAGGUCCGGGUGAUGCUGCCGGUGGCGUACCAGUGCUACAACUCCACCGGCGACCCUAUCAGGUGGAAUUCCGGCUGGGUUGACUUGAACCGGGACGGCAUGUACCGCAUCUCCAACACGGCGAACCAACUCUUCGUCCUUGGCUGCAACACUUUUGCCUACACCAACAGCGGGCUGCGCGGCCGCUACGGCUACACCUACUACACCGGGUGCAUCGCUUAUGCCGACAACUCCGGGAGCGCCAAGGAUGGCGCCUGCGAUGGAGUCGGCUGCUGCCACGUUGACAUUCCGGCGGGGCUGACAGACAACAAGAUGCGGUUCACCAAUGAUGACGAUUGGUCACAUGCCAACCAGGAAUUCUGCCCGUGCGACUACGCCUUCAUCGUGGAGAAGGGGAACUACACAUUCCGGGCGGCCGACCUUCGUAUGGAUGUCGACCGGACCGGCAUGCCGAUGCUGCUGGACUGGGCAAUCCGUGGCAGCAACGGCAGCUCCCCGUCUUGCGAUGAGGCGCCCAGCAUUUCCGGAUACGCCUGCGUCAGCGACAAGAGCGAGUGCAUCGACUCCAGCAACGGCCCCGGGUAUGUCUGCAGCUGCACCAAAGGCUACCAGGGCAGCCCGUACCUUGACAAAGGAUGCACAAGUGUCCAUUCAGCAGGUCGUCCUACAAUUGCCGUGGUGACGAUAACAUGCGUCCUUGUCGCUGUGUUGGCUUUGGUAGGAUUUUUCAUUUGGUUAUGGUGCCGACGUAGGACAAGAGUGGCGCAAGCGCAGCAACUAGAGUUCAUGGAUAGGCAACGGAGUCGGGAGCCCAGGACAGAAGUGAAUAGUGCAAGGAAAUUCACUUAUGCGCAAUUGGCCCAAGCAACAAAUGACUUUGCACAGAUAAAUAUGCUUGGAAGGGGCGGUUUCGGUGUUGUUUACAAAGGAAAAAUUUUGGGCAUGAAUGAGGAGGUAGCAAUAAAAAAAUGUAUAGAAGAUAUUCCAUCACCUCGACAAAGAAGGGAAUUCGAAAAGGAGAUUAAAAUUAUCAGCCCGCUGCACCAUAGGAACAUUCUACAUCUUGUAGGCUGGUGCGAAGAAGGCAAUAACUUACUGCUUGUCUAUGAAAUAAUGAACAACGGGAGCCUUGAGGACCAUCUUUACCCUAAGGUUGGUGCCUUAGGUGCACGAGUUUACGGUGCGCGGCACGAGCGUAUAUCAUACCAGCUAAGUUGGCCAAAAAGGCGCGACAUUCUAAUUGGAAUAACCUCGGGUCUUAACUACCUCCAUCAUGAAGCCAACAAAGUCACAUUGCACAGGGAUAUUAAGCCAGCUAAUGUAAUGCUGGACAAAGACUUCAAUGCCAAGUUGGUUGACUUUGGCCUGGUGACACAAGUCAACCAUACCGCAACCUCAUACUACACGUUGCACGUCUGUGGCAGUAAAGAUUACAUUGAUCCAGUAUAUUCUGAGACCGGCAAGGCAUGUUGGGAGUCUGAUGUGUAUAGCUUGGGGGUGUUGUUGCUCGAGAUGGUCUGCGGAGAAAAACCAACAAUCGUGGAUGAUGUCGAAAACAGCCUUAUCAUGAAAGUUGAGCGGUUUCGUGAUGCCAAUAACAUUCUUGAGGCAGCUGACAUGCGAUUGAGGGGUCCGUUUGACCAGGAGAUGAAAACUGUAUUGGAGUUGGGACUCAUGUGUGUCCACCAGAAUCGUAAAGAGCGUCCAAAUAUGGGAGUCAUAAAGCAAUCCUUGAUUAGUUUUCAACAAGCAACUACAUUACCUCCGGGAGCUAAUGAGAAUGCCCUCUCCACAUUACGGGCCAAUGAAGAUGCUGGAGUCGCUCCCCUCACAUUCGCAAGGCGGUGGGCUAGCAUGCCGUGAUGAAGCGGAUUGAUGUUCGAAGCUAUUUCUGUACUUAUGUCAAACCACUACUACAUGUCUCGACUUUUUGAUCCUGCCAUCACCAUGAAUCUAUGAUCGAUGCGGACACAUGUUUUUGUUCAAUAAAUAAACACACUGGUUCAGUGUAAUUAAAUUCGGAUAGAGUCAUUAUGCUUGUCCUUU